AGAGGUGGAGAGAAAGGGGAGGGAGAUGAACAGAUCAAAAGCCAGGCUGACCAAUAAUCAGAUGGAGACGAGCAGAGACCAAAUAAAGAAAGGAAACAUUGAUCGAGCCAGGCAUACAGCGAGAACACAGUUUGUGAGGGCAUAGCAAGGGAUAUAAUUAUAGUGCAGGGUUUGUGUGCGUGUGAGAGAGAGAGAGGGAGAGAGUGCGUGCGACGGAGAGCGAGCGGCAGGGGCGAGCGAGCGAGCGAGCGCGCAGGAGAGACGUGGGAAAGGAAAGGCGAUAGAGAAGCAUUUCCGAUCUGCGGCCGUCGCGUCUGACAUCAGAGCGCCGCCGUGCAUAUGUCUCUGGAGGCAAUCGCCGCACGCUCUCCCCGUUAAGACCAAUCAGGUGGAAUCGUCGCAACCCUGGCGCUUAAUUAAGGAGCCCCCGGUGAUCGAUUCAGAGGUGCGAGCUCGCUGCGGUGAAGGCUGCUGCUGCCACCGCCGCCGCAGGAAGGGAGGAUGCAGCGGCCUCUGCUCGUCGCGGCGCUCCUGCUGCUCCUGGCUGUGUCGUGCGCGACGAAAAGGACGCCUGGAAAAUGCUGGCCCAAGUGCUCCUGCGGGAAAGGCACCGUCAUCUGCAAGUCGGCCGUCGUGCCCCGCAACCUCCCGCUCGAUGCCACCUCGUUAACCUUUGACGAUGCCGACUUCAGUCAGAUUGCCAACGGGACAUUUUCUCACUUGCCAACCCUUCACGUUCUCCUUCUGGGAUCGUCAAGCUUUUCCAUAAGAGACGACGCAUUCAAGGGCCUCAUCAAACUUCACUACCUCUUCAUAGAGAACAACAUCAUCGACGAGAUUUCCAGGAACGCGUUUCGCGGAUUGAAGACGCUCACCCACCUGUCUCUGGCAAACAACAAGCUGAGAUCGCUUCCACGCGAUGUGUUCAAAGGGUUGGAUGCCAUGACGGACGUCGACCUGCGGGGAAACGCGCUGCACUGCGACUGCAAGAUGAAGUGGCUCGUGUCGUGGCUGCAUUCCACCAACGCGUCGGUGCACGACAUCGCCUGCGCCUCGCCGCCCGAGUUCGCGGGGCGCAGCACGCGCAGCCUCAGCGCCAGCGACUUCUCCUGCAUCACCACGGAGUUCGUGCUGUGGCAGACCUUGCCCAUGCAGUCCAUGUCUGUGGAGACGUUCCCGUACAAGGGCGAGGUGAACGUGGUCGUGGCUCAGCCCCUGGUGGGGAACUGCACCGUGCUGGAGUGGGACCACGUUGAGAGGGUGUUCCGAGUCUUUGAUAACAUCACCGGACAGUCGAUCAUCAGCUGCAAACCGAUCGUGAUCGAGGGGCAGAUCUUCGUGAUCGUGGCACAGCUGUUCGGAGGCUCGCACAUCUACAAGCGGGACGAGCACUCCCACCAGUUCCUCAAGAUCCAGGACAUCGACACCAACAAGAUCCGCAAGCCCAACGACGUCGAGACGUUCGACAUCAAGGGGGAGCAUUUCGCCGUCAUCGCGGAGAGCUCCAAAGCGGGAGUGACCACGCUGUACAGGUGGAACGGCAACGGAUUCUACUCGCUGCAGUCCUUGCACCACUGGUACCGGGACACGGACGCCGAGUUUGUGGAGAUCGCCGGCAAGCCGAUGCUCAUCUUGGCCAGCAGCUCCCAGGUGCCCGUCAUCUACCAGUGGGACUUUGCGGCCAAGCAGUUCCUCCAGAACCCGCGCUCCGACAUCCCCGAGACGGAGGACGUGAUCGGCGUGAAGAGCUUCAACAUGGGCGACGAUCUCUACGUCUGCCUGACGCGCUUCAUCGGUGACUCCAAGGUGAUGAAGUGGGACGGCCUCCGCUUCACGGAGGUGCAGGCGUUGCCGUCGCGCGGCUCGAUGGUGCUGCAGCCGCUGAGCGUGGGCCCGCGGCAGUACGCGGUGCUGGGCAGCGACUUCGCCUUCUCGCAGGUCUACCUGUGGGACGCCGAGGCGGGCGCCUUCGCCAAGCUGCAGCCGCUCAACGUGCAGGCGCCGCGAGCCUUCACCAUCGUCUCCAUGGACAAGGGCGUCUUCCUCUUCGCCUCGAGCUUCACGGACAGCACCAAGAUCUUCCAGCAUCGCGUCAUCGACCUCAGCCUGUAGUAGGGGCGCGCGCGCGGGCGGGCUGGUGGGCGAGUCGAUGGCGGUGGCAUGAAUGGGCGCAGACGCUGUGGCUGUCGUGGGUUUAGGGACCCCUCCAGAAAUGUGUAGUUAGGGGGUUUGUGGUCAUGGCCAAGCGAGAAACCCACGCGAUAUUUCACACAUACGGUCAACACAACAGUAACAGCCGCCAUUCGUAAAACUAAGUGGCGGUGACGUUACCACGGCGCUUGUGCUCGGCCAGGUGCACCCCGAGGCCACGUGAAGUGUCGAAGGCAACGCGCACACACACACAGUCAGCACACUCGGUCAGCACACACACAGUCAGCACACACUCGGUCAGCACACACACAGCACGCAUACACACACACGCAGUCAGCACGCACACACACACACAGUCAGCAAGCACACACACUCGGUCAGCACACACACUCAUGCGAGUCGUAGACCCCCAAUUCCCAACGUGUGGCUGCGUCCCUCCCUGGCUCUGCGACGUCGCAGCAGGGUGAUUGCGGAUGUCGGAUUGAGGCGUUUUGCAGUUGUAUGUAUUAACAACGCUCUCCAGCUCAGGUUGACAGUGUUCAUGCAUUAGCUUCGUCCAUCUGUUUUGUCCGUAACGGGGAGACACGGUGACGCUCGUGUCCAAUUUGAACCGACCUGCAGUUUAACGCUGUGUUGCCAUGGCAAACCGGCCAACAGUUAAUAACUGGGUUGCACAAAAUUUGUGGACACAAACCAGAGCAAACAGGACCAUUUGCAAAAUAUGUAAACAAAUCUUUGCCCUGACGGCCACCGUCAGCUUCCACGCGGCUUGUGAUAAACUGCGUCCGAAUACGUGCGUCAGUUGGAAAGCGUUAGGGAAUCCACACGUAAGCGUGAUUUUUUUCUAGCGUUUUUUUACGAGCGACCGUCAGUCUCUGAGCGCCGUAGGAAUAACACCGCUCCCUCCCUCCAGGCCGGGUGGCUGUACACUUUAGGCGCUACGGGAGUCAGCGCUGUUGGUUCUACCCCUCGACUGACACCCCGAUGUUUACGCGUCACGAGCGAAAACUGUGAAACGACCUCGCGAUGAAAAGGCCCGAGCGAGUAAUUCACAUGGCACCCGUGUCAUCGUUGGGGAGGAGCGGCGGUGCCCUGGUUAGCACAUUGCAUAACAAGUCACGGGAACCCGAGUUCGAUUCCCGGCCACGGCUGACAUCAGUGGCGAGUCCUGGAUGACCUCUGACCCCCCCCUGCCACCUAACCCCACCCCCCCUCUUCCCUCCACUUGACCACCGACCUGCUUUGAGCAGCAUGGUGAAGCAUGGUCAAACAGCCCCAAUGACCAAUACAUUGUGUGUGUGGGGAGGCCUUCAUCCAUCAGUGGACUGAUAUAAAAAUGUCGUAAUUAAUUGGAGUCUUCUCUGCGGUCGUUAUUGUUAAAUGUGGGCCUAUGAAUAUUCAUGCCUCAUUAAAUCAGUUGCGGGUUUGAUAGGGAUAUUGCGUUGAUACAAAUUGAUUUGUGGGUAUAAAGUCUGCAUGCCAAUUAUGCCAUUUUACUAAAAAAAAAAUCACGUAGCAUGUUUCAUAAGAAAUACAUUAUUUUAUACCGGCAUUACAACAGGCUAAUAGUGGCUUGUGUAUAAUACUAUAAUCGCCUAAUCUACUCUAAGCAAAAUCUACUUAUCGCCUUUAAGAAAAAUUGUAACGGCAGCACCACAAUAUAUAACAUGUACUGUACACAAUGAUUGUUCGCUAAUUAAUAACAGUGAAAGAUAACGGUCGGGAUUUGGGAUAUUGUAAAGUAAGAAUGCACGCUCAGGCCUUCUGUUGAUAACACUGGUCAACAAAAAAAAACAUUUUUUUCUGGCCUGGACUUUUGCAGCUGUUUUAGACUCAUUUCAGGGUGCUGAUUCCAAAUCUGAUCCCAGAUUUGCUCUAUCACAUCUCAUUUUAUGUUAUCGGCAUACCCCAUUUUCAUUGAUUUUACCCGAAAUUAACUCUGUCACUUAUGAUUGCAAGUUAUUGCGAGUCAGUGACUGCUUUAGUGUUAAAAUAUGGUGCUGUAUUUUUAGGAUAGUGUGUUUAUAAUAUCAUUUUAUGUAGAUAUCCACAGUAAUUUAAUAUUUUUCUUCCGCAGUUUUUAUUGAAAAUGAAAUAUUUGAUAUCUCAAAAACCUGAUGUGAUAGAAAAAACUGAUGCCAGAUUUGGAAUCAGCACCCCAAAAUUACAUUAAAACCGUUGGAAUACCUGAUGCCAGAAAAAGUGUGUUGACCAGUGUAAUUGGUGACAUUCCCAUUGUUGUGUGCAUGCGGCCGGACGGAUGACGCUCAGCCGACAUUUGACAUAAUGCAUAAUCAGUUGUAGUUAUCGCGGAUUUACUGUUACGCUCUUUCUCUCUCAAUAUACAGGGGCGUGUGUGCUAAUAAUGCAUCUCAUCUGGGCGUUCAGAGGUGUCUCCACUUGAAUCCGGUGGUUGAGAUGCUGUGGAUGCAAGAUUCCUUGAAACGUCUAGGAUGUCCUGGUAGCAAAGGCAUGGCGACAUAGCAAGUUUGGCAGUGUCACACUCUGUCGGCAGAGAACACAGGGGCAUAAUAUAGGUUUGUUUUGGGUUAGAUCGCGUAAAUGUGUUGUUAAACACGCCAAUUAGUAAGGUUUGUCACAUAAACAGAACGUGCCUGGCUGCCGCCUGAUGAUGCCGGUUGUAAUUACUGGCGAAACGUCGUACUCAGAUUAGAAAUGUUGUGUGUUUGCUCUCCAACACACCGGUGUGCUGUACUAGUAACGAAUUUGCACGUUCUGUUUACGUGAAAAACCUUACUAAUUGGCUGUGUCGGAUGGAGGCGGGUUUAAAGGCACAUUUAUAUAUAUAUGCCAUCUAACCCAAAAAAACUCUAUUAUGGAUGAUAUUUGUCGCAAAAGCCUUCUGCGUGCUAAACACGGGAGCAGGAUGAACGCUGGAGGCGCGUGCCUCACUCUUUUCACUCUCUCACUCGAGUGUAGGUAACAUACCCCGCAGUCCGAGUGUAACGCUGCAUUGAUCCGGCGAUUCAACUGGAUUCAACUGGAUUAUAUUGCUCACGAUACACGUAGAGCAUCGUGUGGGUGAUCGAUUAUUUUUUUUAUUCGAAUACGUUGCAUGUAAUCGAGUUCAUGUGAACGAUCGCAGCCACGAGUGGGGUGUUUCCGAUAUUCGCCACGGAGAUACAAGCCAAGGGUUCAAUCCUGGAGUCGAAAUGUGACCCCUGAUGUUGUGACCAUUCGUCGACGUUGAAGAUGUGCCAAUCGUUGAAUGUCUCGACUGAUUGCUUUGUCGAUGAUUGUUCUUGACAGCGACACGGCCGCCCUGGACAAUUCACUUCCAGUGGCGGCUGGUGGUGGCUCCAGGGUGAGGAGGCUUCCAUCGUCCGUCUCGGGGUUUCCAGUCUCGGGUGACAACACGUGCAUGAUGGGAUAACGAAUUGAUCAUUUGAACACAAAGGCUCCGUGUGGUCGUGAUAAUGACAACGCUCACCAAGUCAGUUCUCCUGUUCUUGACGGAGCCCAUGAAUUGGUGGAGACAGCGCCAGUGAUAAAGCGAGUGCGCUCCAGAUUUUUAUUUUAUUGGGUCUCCACGUGAGUCCGUGGGCCUCGAUACGAACCUAAGGGGCGGCGAGUGCUGAUGGUGAAUUCGCUGCUGGUCCGGUUUCUCAACUAAAAUCCGGCUGCGAGCUGCAUCAUCUGAGGCUGGAAACCCCGAGGUGGAAUUUGUUACCUUCUGAACGCCUAGGUACGAACCAGAAUCGGAAUAUUUAUUCAUACUGGAGAAAUCCGAUGAGCUAUGAAGUAGAACCGCAGAUGUUCACCGGUAAACACUACCACUAAACACAGUCCCGUGAAACGUGAAUGAACAUAUUCUCGGUUCUUUCGGUAAAGUCACGUAGAUAGAAAACACAAAAAUAAAUGGAAAAUAAUAAAAUAAUAUAAAAAGUUAAUGAACGUGUUGUCGAGGCGGGCCCAUAUAGGAUCGUGAGAUGGCGGAGUCUGUGACCUCAGCGGUGCUCCAAGUGGCUGGCGCUAAUAUCCAGCACUGUGGAGGCAGCAGCAAGGGUUGGCGCAGCACCGCACGGAUGGGCUGUGAGGCUCCCUUCCCAGUUGGGCGGCGCUACGGUGCCCGUACCCUGGCUCGCCAGGAGACGGCGGUAGAGCAAAUGUAGAAAUCCCUCCCCCCCUCCCUCCCCCUCUGCUCACGAGAGGAUGUUUUGACCCCCUCCCCACUCCUUUCUCGCACGCGUCAGUUUGCUCCACGUGCUCCGGUUUCCUCGGCCACGUAAUGAAACACUCGCUCGCCAAUCAGCCGGCAACACCUUCAUAUGAUAGAGGACCGCAGAGCUUUGUUUGGGUUGGGGGUGGGGGGAAGAGAAGUUGACGCCGCCCCACCGCUUGCCUUCCCCGCUCGCUCGCGUCUCUCCUCGAGUCUUAGUCGUCGUCGUCUUCUGUGAGCGAGCGAAUUCUGCGCGGCGGUGCGUUACGAGUUGACAGUUAUAUUCCCAUGGUUCUUUCGGUAAAGUCACGUAAGAUAGAAAAAAUAACAAGAAAAUAAUCAAAAUAAAGUGAAAAAAAUAUCGCGACGUUUCGAUCGCAACACAAGCGGUGUUGCGAACACACGCGGUGUUGUGAUCAAAAUGUCGUAAUAUUUUUAAAUUGACUUUGCGCCCUCCCGAAAGUUGAAUCCUAUGAUUUAUCCUGCCCCAGGUCUAUGGUACAUGGCUUGUAAUUAUAUAAUGACCCAACAUUAGUGUACAUAUUGUUCUCCUACGAACAACACUUGUAUUAGUACAGUACUGUAUUGCAAUUCAGUACGACGCUGUAAUACGAGUACUAGUAUAGUAUUGCAAUUAUCCCAAUUAUAGGGGGAUGUGGAGACAUUUCAGCAACAAUUCAACGAUCCCAGUAGUUUCUCCAUGUUGCCAACACCAACACCGCGUGGGGUGCCCAGAACCGUGGUGGUGUAUCGCAAUGAUUGAAUCCACUGGGUGUACCCUAGACAUGUGGCUGAAUUAAUAAUUUACCCCCCAAAAAAUAUAUUUAAUUGUUAAUUCCACCAACGAGCCAUAAUUCCCCACUACAGUACAAAAUGUAGUUUUUUUUGUCAUGCCGCGUGUUUUUAUUUCACCAUGACCAGCGACGGUUGCAAAUGUGUGAGCUGUGAUGGAUGCGGGUGUUGUCUGACAUGUGUGCUGGAAGAUGCAUAUUUCUACAAAGGGCAGCCUUCCCAACACGAGCUUUUCUCAAGGAAUACGAGAGUGCAAAUAAGCACGGCUUCCCAAAAAGAGAGAAUGUGUAAUAGACGGUUGAUUUGCUGCAUGAGUAAUAGUCGCGUGCGGUAUGUGACGGCGUAUGAUGGAUAGGCAUACUUGUGCAGCUUAUGGGAAAGAGCGUGUGGUGCAAGAACGCCUGGUUACAUGUUGCAUGAUUAAUAUUUUCGUUGCGAUGGUGCACGAGGAUCACCGUUACGUCUAUGAGAAGAGGAAGUGUGGUGCAUGUUUGAUUAAAGCACGGUGAAGAUUUGAGUGCGGGGGACGAUGAUGCACGCUCACGCGGAUUAUUGUAAGGUGCCUUGGAGUGGUUCUUUUGACGGCAGGCGCAAGAUCGAUUGUGAUUUGUCGUUUGUUAUCCUUGUUGUGUGUGGGGGGCCAAAUGCGGUCUGGAAAACUGCAAAAUCCGCACGUGUCCACAUCGGCAUGUUACGAUCGGCGCUCCAGUGCAUCCGGCCUCAUCGUAUUGGUCACCGGCCAUGAUCUAUCCACCGCUAGAUGAAGGCCUCCACAAGCUCGUACCGUCUCUCACGGUAUUUGCGACGUAACAAACCGCAGCGCACCUGCAACGGAGCUGAUUUCGACGCUCCAUCUCGCCUCCGGGCGUUCUCUCUCGGAACCCCGUUGCAUCCCUUUGGCCCUGCCACUGCGGCACCAUUCUUGACCGUCGGUCAUCAUCGUCCCUUUCAGGCGUGACGCGUCCCUGCCCCAAGCCCACUUGCUUUUCUUUUUUUACAAGUUUGAAUGACGUCUUCGGCCUGCGUAAAUUCUCUCAUCCAAGUGUUCCUCGCUCCGUCCCGCGGUGUACUUGCACGCAGUCGUAUCUCCACGUUUCUUUGUUUGACAAAGAUCGCCGCCCACCUCCUACACAUUUCACAAGUAGUACUAAUCCCAUAUCUGCAUUUUCCAUAAAUAUGGUAAAUUCCUCUUGAUAUGCAAAUUAUUUUGUCAAGGCGCUCUUCCCCCUCCAACCCAGCUUAAAUAUGCGCUCCAAGCCUGGGGUGUUUCAUUCAGACGCUGUCUUCCCGACAGACAUGUUCUUCACCUGAGGACGGCUGCUUGCGUUGUGGCCGAAACGUCGUGAAAAUUAUUUUAUUAUGUUUUAUUUUUAUUAUUUUAUUAUUUCCCUUCUACGUGACUUUACCGAAAGAACCAAGAAGAAAAAAGAUCGUGGUGUUUUGGAACCACUCCUCACUCGACCUUUAUCACUGCCACGGUCAGCAAACGAUUUACAGUUGAGCAGAGCUUUCCCCGGUACGACUUGAACCACCACAAUCCACAGCGUUCGUAGGAAGCUUCGUUUGCACUCGGCCCGGUGAAAUCGUUUGUUGCAAAAAGAGAGAAUCGAAUGAAGGGCAUUUACUUGAGCUGAAUGUCUGAGCCGAAAGUCACGAGAUGUGAACAAAAGAAUAUCUGCUGGUAAAUGAAGUUGCACGCCGUGGCGAUGCCGCUGAAUGGCAAUGAGUUUGACAAAUGUCAUGAACGGGAUGUGUGCUCCAAGGUGUGUCUCGUAUCGUUCGACUCGCGGUCAUAUGAACUCGGAACAACCUACGGUAAGCAGACGUGUGAAUGCUCGAUGUUAUACACGUUUAAAUUACAGAAGAAAUAAAAACAUUCACCAAUGUCCUGUGUUUAAGCGGAGAAGCGCCACAAUGAAAGUAAUAUUAUUAUUUAUUAACGGUCAAAGCUUGUAUCACGAUUGUAUCGCACUGGAUUAACAAUAAAUGCACUUGCUUAUUAUAUAAUUCUUUGGACGCGUUCGUGGUCGCUGAUGAUGAUGAUGGCAGUCCAGGCCCAACAAUGAUUUAGGUUCAAUUAAUGAAAGCGUCUGGCUUCCAACUCUGGUCAGAUCUGGGAGUAGGGAAGUCCGUGCACUGCGGGAUAAAUAUUGGGCUUUGCUGCACUGCACUCUAUCGCCAACACGAAGCCCUGCCGCUGAAACGUUGGUGGCGUUAACCCACCCAAGCCAGCACUUCGUCUUGCCUAUGGCGGAGUGAAUUGCGAGGUAGAGAUGCACUGUGCU